AUGGGUAAGAAGCAGCAGCAACAAUCGGGAAGAGGCGGAGUCGGCGGGCGUAAGAACGUUUUGGCCGCCAAAAAUGAGAUCACUUUUGCGGAUUCGCUUCGGAAAGGUAAACGCGACUAAUCGCUGUGGUGUCCGCUUUUUAGGCCGUUUCUCCAGCUGUUUUGUGAUCUUUUCGAUAAAUUUUGAACAAAUCUUGACUGGCAUAAAAACCGCUCGAUUGUGCAAUAAAGCGAACUUUGCAGGCCGUCACGAGUGUCUGUGCCAGGCGAGAAUCCACAAACUGGUGCUGAACUGCCUCGGAUGCGGCCGAAUCGUGUGCGAACAAGAGGGAAGCGGGCCGUGUUUCACCUGCGGAACCCUCGUCUGCACCCGAGAAGAGCGCGAGAUUCUCAAUCGGGGCACGAAUAAAAGCCGCGAACUUUUGGCCGAAUUGACGGCCGGACGAGCCGAAGGACCCGGCGGCUUGAAACAGAUUUCCGCUGCGUAUCAAUCGGCCACCGAGUUUCGCAACAAAUUGCUGGAAGCCGACGCCGACACGUAAGGAAGCGCGGGAUUUUGGGCCGGGAGAGACCAACUCUUGAGAUGCAAAUGUUGGCCUCAACUUCCAAGAGCAACACUACUUUAGGGGGUGGUUGUAUAGAAAAAGUAAACUGCAAAAUUUAAGGGUUAGGUAUAAAAAUUUCAGUAAAAACAUCAGAACGAUAGCAUGUGUUUCGGCGUUUUUACUCUCCACGUUAAAUUUUCUUCAUUCCUAGAGAACGCCGCACAAAAGUGAACGAUCUGCAAAGCGACUACAGUACGAUCGAGAACAGUCCGUUCCUGUCGGCCGAGGACCGCGAAGCACUGAAGGUCCGUCGCGAAGAACUGCGAGCGUUGCGCGAGAAAGAGCGCAAAAAGUUCUUGGUCAAUUUGGAUUUGGACGGCGGAAUUGUGCAGCAGGUGAAGAGCGGAGGCGCCGGAAUGGAGGAUCAGCACGAUCCGGUCAUCCAGCGAAUUAUGCAGAGGGUCGACGAGAAGACCCGCAUCCAGGAGGCCCUGCACAACAGUUCCACAGAUGCCAGGUGGAAUCCCAUCGGAUUCGUGCCCAGGGUAAAUGGAUGAGCAUUUUUUGAAAAUUGUUGUUAUCCUUUUCCGCUGGUUCCGAAAUUUCAAUCCGAUCGGCAGAUAGGAAAAAUGUGUUGGCGUUUUUCAAACAUCCCCCACCUAUGUCCAGCCCUUAAAACCCGUUUUUUUGCAUACGACACCGCGGUCUUCAAACCAACAUUUCUUCCAGUCUUUUUUUGGGCAAACACAGAAAAUUACCAUGCAAUUCGUCAAAAUUGUUAAAAACUUUGAAAACGCCAAAUUCGCUUCAAGUAUGAAAUGUCCAAUUCAACAUUGCAGUACCUGACGGAAGAGGGCGAUCACGCGCACGCAGAGUGCUCGGACGGCGACAUAAUCGACGCGGACAGUCUGAUGAUUGUGAGCGACGAGAUGGCGGCUCAAAUAACCGAGGAGAAGGGAUUCGUGCUCUCGCUCCCGCAACCGACCGCCACGUUUCUCGCGCACGGACUCAUCCGAUUCGUCCGUUUUCCCACCGAUCUCAACCUCAAGGGACCACUCUUUAUCACUGCGAAAGCGGGCGUCACCGAUGAGACGGCCAUUCGAGAGUUUGCCAAAAAAUAUGUUAGAGGUACUUUUUAAAAUUUUUUGCCGAAGUAUCUCUAUAGGUUGCUCGAGAAAAUUGAGAGAAUAAAACCUUUUUCCCAAAGAAAGUUCAAACUAAUGCAUUGCAGACGUGUCAAAAGUGAGCUCGCUGGACUUUGCGGACGGCGCGGUGCUCGGCCGAGCAUUUCUGCAAGAGUGUCUGCUGCUCGACGACUUUCUCGACAAGUACGGUUCGAAGUCGGCGGUGGCGGGUGGUGCCGGCCCGUUCGUCCUGUGUUUCAACGCGUUUGAACCGUUGGUCAGUGCGAUUCCGCACAUUUCGACGGCCGAAUCCGACGUGUACGAGAUGGAUCGCCAGUUGAAACGAUCGCUGACAAAGUGGUGA